GGAGAGGUGUUGAGAGCAGGAAACUCCACCUACCAAUGGUGUGAUGUCAUAACCGCCAUGGCCAGCUAUCCAGACGGGCAGAGUUUCCCAGGAGCUGCAGGACAGGUACCUGGACCACCCCCUGGUGGCUAUUAUCCUGGACCUCCCCAUGGUGGGGGCCAGUAUGGUAGUGGUUAUGGAGCUCCUGCCCCUGGAGGACCCUAUGGAUACCCCAGUGUUGGAGGAAUCCCCUCUGGAACUCCAAGCGGACCAUAUGGUGGUGUACCUCCAGGGGAUCCCUAUGGCCAGCUACCUCCAGGGGCUCCGUAUGGGACCCAGCCUGGACCUUAUGGACAGGGUGGUGUCCCCCCCAACGUGGAUCCUGAGGCCUACUCCUGGUUCCAGUCAGUGGAUGCUGAUCACAGUGGCUAUAUCUCCCUCAAGGAGCUGAAGCAGGCCCUAGUCAACUCCAACUGGUCCUCAUUCAAUGACGAGACAUGCCUCAUGAUGAUAAACAUGUUUGACAAGACCAAGUCUGGCCGCAUUGAUGUCGUUGGCUUCUCGGCCUUGUGGAAAUUCCUCCAGCAGUGGAGGAACCUCUUUCAGCAGUAUGACCGGGACCGCUCGGGAUCCAUUAGCUCCACAGAGCUGCAGCAAGCGCUGUCGCAGAUGGGCUACAACCUGAGCCCUCAGUUCACGCAGCUCCUGGUUUCCCGGCACUGCCCGCGCUCUGCCAGCCCCUCCAUGCAGCUUGACUGCUUCAUCAAGGUGUGCACACAGCUGCAGGUGCUGACUGAGGCCUUCCGGGAAAAGGAUACCGCCGUGCAGGGCAACAUCCGGCUCAGCUUUGAGGACUUUGUCACCAUGACAGCUUCAAGGAUGCUAUGACCCAGCCUACCUAAGGGAGUAGAGCACACCAGGGGGUGUGGGCCUCUCCUUUCCUCCUCUCUUAGCAGUGUUUCCUAGCCUGACCUAGGAAGGGACAGAGCUUGACCAUCCUGGGCUCUGGAGUGGCACAGCUUUGGAGUAGGGGCCUAGAGUAGGACGGAGUUAGUGUCUGGUCAGCUGUCCUGGCCUCUGGCCUUUCCCCUCUGCUCCCUGAUCCAGUGCUAAGUGCUCACUGGCUGGCCUACCUGUCAUCCCUCUCCCAGACCACCAGGUCAGACGAACCCAGUUGCUGCACAGUGGAAUCAGACUGAGCGUGAGGGGGACUUGUUGGGAUCAGCUCCCUCAGUCCUUGUAUGUUAGCAUUCAUUUUCCUGAGGCUUUGCCUGCAUGAGAAGCUUGGACGUUCUGCCAUCUCGGCCGUAUCUGAUGAGGCACAUGACUCUAAACCUUGGCCCCCUCACUGGCCUGCCACAUUCCACUCACCUUCCCUCCCCAGGGACAUUGUCACAUCCUACUGCCAAUGUUGUUUGUAAUUUGCUUUCUUUUUUUUUUUUCCCAUUUGGGGCCAAAAGUCCAGGAAACUAAGCAUCAAUAAAAGAAAGACUCUGCAAUUCCA